CCCGUGCUGCGCCUGCGUGGUUUCCAUAGUGACGUUGUCAAACUCGGUUCUUUUAAAAACGGCUCAGACGCCACUCGCAAGCGAGCUAGUUCGUACCACUUUACGAUAAUAACUGGCCCCAAUGUCUGACAAUGAUGAUAUGUACCUGUCCCCCGAAGAACAGUUGGGGGAAGAGGCGAAUGCUGGAGAAGGCGAAGAAGGGGACGAACCCGAUAAGAUUCAAAUGUUCCCAUUGGACAAAGAGACCAUCAUUGAGGGGCUUUCGUUGCUCUGCCAGACAGGAAAAAGACUAGAACAUGCUUUUAUCAAACUAGAUCUUAGAGAAAGAGGUUUAAGUGACAUAGUUGCAAUCAGCAGUUAUAUUCACAUACGUUUUCUGGACUUGUCCAACAACUACAUCUCUGAUCUUUCUCCCUUGGCACCAAUGACUCAUUUGCUUUGGCUGAAGGUAGAUGGAAAUUCUGUGAAAUCAUUACAAGGGCAACCUUUAGCUGAGUUUACCUUUCUACAAUGGUUGAGUGUGGCAUCAAACCAGCUAGAAGACUUAGAAGGCCUGGUUGGACCGUCCCUAGAGACGCUCAUACUUUCAGGAAAUAGUAUUCAGAAAGUAAGUGGUUUUGAGAAUGCUAAUUUUGCCAAUUUGGUUUCUCUGGAGCUGAGGGCAAACCGGUUGGAAACAACAAGUGGCUUUGACCUUCCAAACUUGCGGAAACUAUACCUGGCCCAAAACUUUAUCAAACGUCUCGAGGGUCUAGAGAAGCUAGAGCGCCUGACAACCCUACAUCUUCGAGACAAUCAUCUUGAAAACCUGGAAGGACUCUGUUCUGAAAUGAAGAGUCUUCAGUACCUCAAUGUCAGAGGAAAUGCAAUCGCUGAAGCGGACGCUUUACGAAGCCUCCGCCUUCUGACAAAUUCCCUGAAGGUUUUGGUUAUUGCGGAAAAUCCAAUAGUGGAAGCAUUACUCUAUCGGCCAACUGUACUAGUACUCUUGCCUCAGCUGGAGCGAAUUGACAAAGAGAUAAUCACUCUUAAAGAGAGGACAGACGCUCGGAGGACACUCAGGGAACUUAAGGAAGAGGAAGAACCACCUGCAUAAAAGAUUAAUAGAAUGGGGAAGUGAUGCUUUUUUGAAAUGAAGAGCCUCUUGCGCACAAGUCAACGACUUUGAUUACAAAUGUGUUUGGAAAACAUGUCUCCUACAUGAUUACUGUUCUGAUUAAUGAAGUUUGAUUUCUCAUAUUUAGAAAAACAGCUAACUGUAACCAUUAUACUUCUAGUUGUUUUCAAAAAAUGGAAAAUUGCAGAGUAACUAACAUUAAAAAAAGUGCUUUGACUGCGCGAUAAAAAUGAA